GCAUCGGCCUCCUCGCGCACGACGGGUCCCGCGCCCUUCUAAGGACUCGAGUUGACGUCGACGAAAUAAUACACUUGUUGGGCCGAAAUGGAUUCGUACUACCGCGACUCAGUUCGCUCGCCCGGCGACCGUUGGAGCAGCCGCGAUGAUGCGAGGGUCAAGGAUGAGAGAGGAGACAGCUUUUAUCGCAGCAGAUCCCCUGGUACCGACCGUAGCCGACGGCGGUCCCGUUCUCCCGUUGCUGUCGAUCGUUACGAGCCUAGAGGCCGUGGCCGUGACGAGUAUGUCGGCACCCGCGAUAGGGAUGACCGCAGUCGGCGCUCGCCCCACCCUAUUAUCGAUCGCUAUGUCCCAGGCCAAGAUUCAACGCCGCCGCAGCCAUUGACCAACCCUCUUCCAAAUCCACUUACCCUGCCAUAUCAGGUCGGCUUCUCGUGGUUUGGCGAGUGGUGGAGAACGAACGAGAAGAUCAAGGAGGAGAAGGAACGAUUGAGAACGGGCCGACGCCGGGAGCCUGAGCGUAUGCGCGGCCCCCGCGAAGCACAGGAGGACCGGGAGAGGGAAAAGGCCAAGAUCCAGGCUGCAUAUGACGCAUAUAAAGAGGAACUCCAAGGCAAGAUGGCAUCGACCUUCGUAAGGCAGCACAAAGAAGAACAAUGGUUCAAAGAGCGCUAUGUGCCUGAGGUUCGGGAUCCGCUCCGCCGGCAGCUGAACGAAAUUCGGCGUGGCGCAUACGCCCGGUGGGAGCAAGACCUGGCCUCCGGUACCUUUGACGAGUUCUCUCUCGAAGGCAUGCCUAAGAGUGAAAGCAACGGGGCUGGCGGUGUGGUCGAGAAGGAGGAGGGCGAAGCAACCGCGGCGGAUGGAACGCUCGGCGUUGGUGACCUGGUGCCUGCCAGCCCUGUCGAGAUCCGAGACGACAGCCUGGAUCAGCCAACCCUCCUCAUCAAGACAAUUGCACCUUCCGUAAGCCGCCAGAAUCUCGAGGCAUUCUGUAAGGAACAUCUCGGUGAGGGAGAAGGCGGCUUCAAGUGGCUGUCUUUGAGCGACCCGAACCCGUCCAAGAGAUAUCACCGGAUCGGUUGGAUCAUGUUGCACCCCGCCCCUGAAGUUCCAGUCGCCGAGGACGGUGAGGGACACCAAGAGGAAGAAGAUGGCGAGUCCAAGCCUAGCGCUCCCAUCUCCACCGCUGAUAAAGCUCUUGAGGCGAUCAACGGGAAGACGGUCAAAGAUGAGCUACGUGGUGAUUUCACGUGCCAUGUCGGCGUUCACCACCCCCCUACGCAUCUGAGGAAGAAGGCGCUUUGGGAUCUGUUCUCACACCCAGAUCGGAUUCGCAAAGAUCUUCAGCUCGCCACAGAGUUGGUCGGCAAGUUCGAGAGCGAUUUUGGCUCUGAUUUCAACGCCGCUCUCCAAAUCGAGGAACAUGUUGAGAAGAUGCGUCUCGAGGGGAAGCUCCAGCCUCCUGCCUCGGCAUCCCCGGCUAAGAAGCCGAAAAAGGAGCGGGUUAUCGGAACGGACGAAUCUCUGGACGUGGAGCAUGAAGAAGGGGAGGACGCUACCGCGGCAAUGGAAGAGGAUGAUGAGGAUGAGGAUGAGGGAAUGGUGGAUGAUGAAGUGGACGACAUGGAUCUCCUUGUUGCAAAGAAGCGGCUGGAUCUCACGAUCGAGUACCUACGCCGCGUCUUCAGCUUCUGCUUCUUCUGCGUUUUCGAAAGUGACUCGGUCCACGAGCUGACCAGGAAGUGUCCCGGUGGUCAUCUGCGCAGACCCAGGAGCACUCUGUCUUCGGCCGCCAAAGCUGUUGCUCAGGCAAGCGCAAGCGGCGAGCCCUUCCCAGCAAAGAAACGCAAGGAUUCCGAGGAUGUCGAAGAGGGAGAGGCACCGGAAGAGGACCGGAAGUUCCGUGCCUCGUCCAAAGCUGAGCAGCAGCUGCAGCGGGCUUACAACUGGGUCAAGACGUUCGAGGACAAGAUCAACCAGAUUCUCCGUCCUGAGACAGUCGAUCUCCGGAAGCUGGGCGGCAAGCCCGUGGAAGAGGCGGUAAGCGACGAGCUCGCCAAGCACGUCAAGCAGGAAGACGAGCAUAAGUGGCGCUGCAAGGUGCCCGAGUGCACCAAGCUAUUCAAGGAAGAGCACUUCUGGCGCAAGCACGUCGAGAAGCGCCACGAGGAAUGGCUCGAAAAGCUAAAGGAGGAGUUCGCGUUGAUAAACGCUUAUGUUAUUGACCCGGCACAUAUUGCGCCCUCCCGCACGGAUGCCAAUUCGAAUGGCCACUUCCCUCAAUCCAACGGUCAGCAGCCGACGGGCACCCCGCGCGGUUUCAACCUGCAGAACUACGCCAUGAACAGCAUGUUCAUGCCAGGCUUCCCCAUGGCCAUUUUCCCGAACAUGAUGGGCGGCGCCAAUCCUCUCAGCGCUACAUCCGGUUGGCACGCUCCUGGCGGCGGUGACGAGCGUGGUGGAGGACCCGGUCCGAUCCGUCGGGGUGGUGGAAUGUCAGGCGGAGGUGGCAGCCGGUUCCAAAACCGUCCCGGUCCGUAUGACCGCCGUCCGAACGGCCGGUACGGUGGUGACAGCGGGAUGGGCGGUGGCGUGGGUGGUGGGCGCGGUCGUCCUAGCCCGGCGAACCGCUGGGGUGAUGGCGCGGGUGCUGCGGCCGCUCCUCGCGAGGCGGUCCAGGGCCGGACACUCAGAAGCUACGAGGACCUGGAUCAGGUUUCCGGGGGUGGUGGCGGCGAGCUUAACUACUAGAGAAGAGUUGGGCCGCGACCAAAGCGCUACAAGGACCUCAAUUAGGUGCCGGGCGGUAGCGUCCUCCAACUCAACUACGAUGAACUGAAAAUCAAACUGAAAAGGGCGUCGCGGUUCUCCGCACGCCGGCGGAGAUAUUACUCAUGGUUUCUCAGGAAGGUCUGAUUGCGCUGCUAUG